AAAAACAUACCACCUGAUUUUAUUCGAACGUGCGAUGAAAAGGACGGAAUAACAGGUUUCUUUUAAAAGAAAUUCUUGUCUGAGAAAAAUGGCUGACCGUGAUAGCGCAUCUGAAAGCGACUCCAGCUCGAUCGACGGUGGACCAAUUAUGAUGCCACCGUCCCCCGUAACCAGAGAACAACUUCAAAAAAGAAUCGAAUCAUUGCAACAGCAUAACCGUGUUCUCAAAGUCGAAUUGGAAACGUAUAAAUUGAGAGUAAAGGCGUUACAAGAGGAGAAUCGUGGUCUUCGUCAAGCUUCUGUCAUUAUACAAGCAAAAGCAGAACAGGAAGAAGAAUUUAUAAGUAAUACAUUAUUGAAAAAAAUACAAGCGUUGAAGAAAGAAAAAGAAACAUUGGCGCAUCAUUAUGAACAGGAAGAGGAGUGUUUAACAAAUGAUUUGUCAAGAAAAUUGAAUCAAUUGCGUCAAGAAAAAUGUCGUCUGGAACAAACUUUAGAACAAGAACAGGAAUGUCUUGUCAACAAACUAAUGAGAAAGAUAGAAAAGCUCGAGGCUGAAACACUCGCAAAGCAAAGUAAUUUAGAGCAAUUACGUAGAGAAAAAGUUGAACUCGAAAACACCCUGGAACAAGAACAAGAAGCAUUAGUAAAUAAAUUAUGGAAAAGAAUGGACAAGUUGGAAGCAGAAAAAAGAAUGCUUCAGAUAAAAUUGGAUCAGCCUAUAUCAGAUCCCACUUCUCCACGAGAAAUUAAUAACGGCGAUACUGCUACUAGUUUAAGUACACAUAUUCAAACAUUAAGAAGCGAAGUGGCCAGACUGAGACAUACAUUGCUCAUUUCACAACAAGAACACACAGAGAAGAUGCAACGAUAUGUGAACGAAGAGAAACAAAUUCGUGAAGAAAAUUUAAGACUUCAGAGAAAAUUACAGUUGGAAGUGGAACGUCGUGAAGCUCUAUGCAGACAUCUUUCAGAAUCAGAAUCCAGUUUGGAAAUGGAAGAAGAACGGCAUUAUAAUGAAAUUGUGAUGUCUGGUGGAAAUAUAAGAAAUCGUACUGUUUCCAGCCCUGUGCCGUAUAAUCCUUCACCUAGUUCCUCUAGACCAUUAAGUCCAGGUUCAUCCACCAGAGAAGGAUUUAACACAAAUCGAUGUUAUGCUUGUGGUCAACCCACUGCAAUUCCAUUUGCCAGUUCAUCGCCGCCUUCUACGCAGGGUCACGUGGUAACGCCAUCGAAUAGACGCACAUCAGAUAGAUUUGUUAAACCUGCAAUUCCACCGACCAUUGUAAGUCCUGGUGGUCCACCAAUCGCUAACGCGACUACAAAUACAACUGGCGGAUCACCAAUGGAUAUCGCUAAAACAUAA